CUGUUGCUUACGAGUGCUCAGUUUUUUUCAGUUUCUGAUUUACGAAGGAGCGGUGACGGCAUUUGUUUUUUCUAAUUAACACUGAACCUCAGUCCGGCAUCUCCAAAAUUUAGCCAUCACACUCUGCCAGGACGGUUAGGGUAGACACAAGAUGCACAACUCCAUCCUUCUAGCCCUUUGGGCCGCAAUAUCCUUUGUCUUGUACAAGAUAUACGCGCUCGCCGCCAACGAGUUUCAUCACCGCAAACGUGAACGCGAACUCGGUUGCAAGCGUCCUCCUUUGAUCAAAGGCCGUGACCCAAUCGGCAUCGAAAACAUCCGCCGGCUGUUGAAGGCCGAUAGAGAAUGCCGGAUGCCACAGUACCUGAAGGAAAGGACUGAGGCGGUGUGUGAGAAGGAGGGAAAACAGCUCAGCACUUUUUACCAGAAUUUGUUGGGUAGCGGUGCCAUUUUCACCGUCGAUCCCAAGAAUAUUCAGACCGUGUUGGCGACGCAGUUUAAGGAUUUCGGGUUAGGAGAUGCUAGGAAUCAUAAUUUCCGUCCGUUGUUGGGUCAUGGAAUCUUUGCGUCUGAUGGAAAGCAGUGGGAACAUUCCCGCGCUCUUCUACGACCCCAAUUCGCCCGCGAGCAAGUCUCCGAUCUCGAUCUCGAAGAACGCCAUGUUCAGAACAUGAUGCGAUGUAUUCGUGUAAACCCCGACGGUUGGACAGACUUGACGAACAUCCAAUCGCUCUUCUUCCGCCUCACUAUUGACUCGGCAACCGAAUUCCUCUUCGGCGAGAGCGUGGACUCACAGCUUUCUAGUCUUCCAGGCUAUUCUUCGAACAAGCCAGCUGUAGAAAUUGACGAGAAAGAAUUCGCCUUCGCCUUCGACAAAGCCCAAGCAAGCAUUGCAAAAGCCGCUCGUUUCGGCGAUGGCUAUUGGAUGGCUCACAACGCUGAGUUCAGGGCCUACUGCAAGCGCUGCCAUACCUUCAUCGACCACUACGUCAAUAUAGCGCUAUCGAAACCAAAAGACCCACAAACCCCCGCCUCAAGGAAACAAAAAUACGUCUUCCUAGACGCUCUCGUAGAGUCGACCCGCGACCCCAUUGAACUCCGCAUGCAACUCCUAAACAUCCUCCUCGCAGGCCGUGACACGACAGCCUCCCUACUCUCAUACGUCUUCAUGACGCUCAUCGAACACCCCCUCAUCUUCAAUAAACUCCGCGCCACCAUCCUCGAAGACUUUGGCACCUACGAUAACCCAAAGGAAAUCACGUUUUCUGGACUGAAGAGUUCUAACUAUCUGCAAUGGGUGCUGAAUGAAACGCUCCGGCUCUACCCCGUCGUCCCCCUCGACGGCCGCCGCGCCCUUGUCGACACCACGCUCCCCACGGGCGGUGGCCCAGACGGCCGGUCUCCCGUGUACGUCCGUAAAGGCGAGCAAGUCGACUACUCAGUCUACGUCAUGCAUCGGCGGAAAGACCUCUGGGGGCCGGACGCCGAUGUCUUUAAACCUGAACGCUGGGAUGGGAGGCGUUCGGGUUGGGAGUAUCUGCCUUUUAAUGGCGGUCCGAGGAUCUGCAUUGGGCAGCAGUUUGCGCUGACGGAGGCCGGGUAUGUGACUGUAAGGCUGUUGCAGCGGUUUGAUAGCUUGGUUGGCGAAAGCAACUCUUGGGAGGGAGUGGAGAAGGGCGGUGUCGGAUGGGUUAGGCAGUGGGUUACACUUACGAGUUGUCCGGCUGAUGGGGUUAAGGUUCGGAUGAGAGAGGCAAAGGCGUAGGAUUUUUCACGAUCUUUUAAGCAAGUGGAGGUUAUGGUUGGCGUUUGAGAUGUGCUGAAUGAGGGAGGCAGGACUGGAUUGGGUAUUUUGUUGGGGAUUAAAGAAUGAUGCCUUGAGAUUUUAGGUUUGAU